AUGAAAAACGAACAACUCAGGAAGAUAAAAGAAAAUCUUAAUCUUCCUUCUGAUAAAGAGUACUAAAGUUUAUUAGAAAAUGCAAGGUUCUUUUUUAUAAGAAGUUGUAAUUAAGAAAAUAUAACUUUUGCUUUACAACAGUCAAUAUGGGCUACUACUUAAAAAAAUGAAAAAGCUUUAUUUGAUGCAUUUAAGAAAACUCAAAAUGUCAUUUUAGUAUUCGGUGUCAAUAAGACAAAUUACUUUUAAGGUGUAGCUAGAAUGCAAUAGCAUAUUCUAGAUAAGAACAGCUACAAAACACCUUGGAAAAAUACAGAAGCAAUUAAAUUAGGAGAAGAUUUUUUGAUAAGGUGGCUAAGAGUUGAAGAUUUACCUCACCAAAAUUGCUCUGAUUUAAAGAAUGCAUUGUGCAACAAUGAAUAAUUAAUAAGCAAGCCAAAAGAUUGCCAAGAAAUAGAUUCAGAAAAUGGCAAAAAGUUAUGUCUACGUUUUUCUUUAAAUACAGAUGAAGUAGGAUAUUUAGGGUCAGGUGGAUAAGCUGCAUAGUUAAAUGAUUGGUCAUAAAAUUAAAUGUUAAAUAAAGUAAACUUAAAUAAUCCUCAAUUUAACAAUACAAACUAGUAUAAUUCCUAUAUGAUUAAUUAAGCAGGAAUAAAUCAAUCUAUUCAUCCUGGGUUAAUUAUAAACUAAUCUUAAAAUAUCUAAUAGCCUAGUCCUUAACAAGGAAUUCCUUCUCAAAACAACUUAAAUAUUAGUAACCCAUAACACCAAAUUCCAAGAUUUAAUACAGCUAAUUAGCUAGAAGAUGCUAAACUAAAUUCUACCAAUAAUUUGUCUAGUAUUUAUGAUAUAAAUAAUCCUAACAUGAAUUAAACAGGAUUAGGUAAAAGUUCAUCUAAUAGUGAUAGCGAUACAACUGUACUUUUAAGUGAAAAUAUUAAAUAAUAUAAUUAAUCCAUAGAGAUGUCAGAAGAUGAUUUUUUUAAUAUUUUAGAAGAUCUGUAACCUUAUAAAAAGUAAAUUAAUGCUUCUUAGAUUUAGUCUAGUGCAAGUUAAGAUGGUCAAAGUGUAAGAGAAAAUUCUGAAGGUAAUUUAGAUAGGAUAAAAUCUUAAAUUGAAGUUAUGGAGGUUGAAUAAGAAUAUUAAAAUUAAUAAGAUGAAAAUCAAGAAAAUUAUUAAACAAAUGAAGCUAAUAGCUAAGCUGUAUUAGAAAAUGAAAACGAGUCUAUGGAUGGUAGUAAAGAGUAUUUAAAUUAAUCUAAAUCCUAAUUAGAUUAGCUUGAGUACAAUAACCACAACAGCAAUGAUUAAUAAAGCCGAGAAAGCUUAAGUAAUAAUAGAUAUCAAAAAAGAAAAGAAGAUGACCUUUCAGAUGAUGAGAAUGAAAAUAAUCAAUAUUAAAAUGAUGAAGACAGUUCAAAUCAAAACAAUAGCAACAAUAACAAUAACUAAGAACAGAAAGAAUAGAUUAACUCUAACAAUUCCUCUGAAUAAAAUAUUUAAAAUAACAAUAAUUAAUCUUCUGAUAACAUUAAGUCUAGAGAAGAUAAGUAAGUUUCUUCUGAAGAUUUAAAAAAGAAAUUACCUCCUACUCCUUCAGUUGCUUUAGCAGCCUCUAAAAUCCCAAGACCAGGUACUAAAACAGCUCCUCUAAUGAUGGGUUUUAUGAAUCCAUUAAAUAUGAAUAUGGGAAUGAUGAGACCAUUUAUGGGUAUGAUGGGAUAUUAAGGUAUGAACCCUAUGGGAGCUAUGCCUAUGAUGAAUCCUAACUUUUCGAAACCAAAUUAAUUUAUGGGAAUGAAUCAAGAUGUUAAGCUAAAUUUGCUAAAUCCAAACCCUAUGAUUCCUGGCUUAAAUUCAAUGAAUAAAAUGUUUAACAACAAAAUGGCAAACAAUAAUGAAAAUAAUUUUAAUCCUAAUAUGAAUAAUUAGGACAAUAACGAUGUAGAUCAAUAAAACUAAAACGAAGAUAAUUAACAAAAUUAUGAUGAUAACGAAGAUGAUCACUAGUAUAAUGAAUAAGAUGUGAACUCCUAACAUAAUUCAAAUUAUGAGGAUUAGGAUAAUAACUAUGACUAAGACUCGUUAAAUAAUGACGAUGAUUAUAGAAACAAUGAAGAAUCUUCUAAUAAUAGAUAUAAAAAUAAAUAUAAUACCUCCUAAAAUAAUAGCAAAGGAAAAAAUUACCAGAAUAACAACUAUAACAGCAGUAAUACUAAUUAUAAUAACAGGAGUAACUAAAAUAUGAAUAGUAACAAUAGCAUCCGUUCAAACAACAAUAUGAGUUAUAAUAACAACAGAAAGAGGAAUAAUAAUGGUGAUAAUAAUUAUGAUCAAAAUGGUAACUAGAACUAAAGUAACAGUAACAUUAACAGAAAUAAUCCCAAAAAUAGUAGCAGUAAUUAUAAAAAUAACAAUUCCUCUUCAAGCAAUAAUGGUAAUAGAGGUAAUUAUAAUAAAGCUAAUAAUAAUUAAAGUAAUAGAUACAAUAAUAAUAAUAACCAUUACCAGGAUUCAGAUUAUUCUGACAAUCAACAGUAAAAUAAUAAUGAAAGAAAUAAUUAUAAUGAUAAUGAUAAUAGUAAUAGAAGAGAUAAAAACUCUGAUAGAUCUCGUAAUAGAUCAAAAGAUGAAAAAAAGCCAAGGGAUCAAAACAACAGCUCAAAUAAUAAUUAAAAUUACAGAAGAGACCGUGAUAGAGAUAGAUCCCUUUCUUCAAACAGCAAUCCUGUGAGAAAGGAAGAUGAUUUUUUGGUAUUAAUCAGUGGAGAGAUAGUUGGAGUUAGCAGAUAAAUUAAAUUCUCUCCUGGAUCAAUUUUUGGAGGUACAAGUUUAGCUAGAAUGAUUAUUAAAGAAAAAACUUUUAAGUGCCUCGAAGAUUGUGUAUUUGGAAUAGUAGAAUUAGAAAAAUAAAAAGAAUAUCAGCUGUAGCUUUCAGAAUUAGCUUUAAUAAAUAAGACAACCUAUAUAUUAUAGCAGAGUAAAUACUUCUCUUAGUGGAAUAGUAAUUAAAUUGAAUAAAUAAUCUAAAAUUCCACUAGAGUUUUUUUCAAACAAAAUUAAUGGGUAUAUUAAGAAGGAUAACAAUCUACUUCUAUUUACAUUGUUGUUUCUGGCAAAUUUUCUAUUUACAAGAGGAUCUUUGUUCGGAACUAGUCUUAACCUGAAUUAUCUUCAAAUUAAUCUUAGAGAUAGUAAUUAAAUCCAUUGAAAAAAUGUUUAGAUUUAAGUUAAGGUGAUGUUGUUGGUGAUGAAGAUGAGAUUAAUCAAGAAAGAUUUUAUGGAGUCUGCUGUAAAAGUGAAAAUGGAUAUAUGCUGAGUAUUAGUAUUUAAAAUUUUAUUGAAAUUUCUGGGUUAUAACAAUCGACAUAUUAGCAAGUCCAAAAAAGGAGAAAAUUAACUCAAAAGAGAUACCAAUAUUUUGAAAAAACAUAAUAGAAUGAAUUAUUCAAGUAUCAAGGUACUUUAACUUAAAUUAGCUGCUAAAAAUAAUAAUCGGGAUAGGCUACUCCUCAAGAAGUUAGCACUUUUAAUAGUUUAAAUAAUUCUUAAACUGAACAUACAACUAUUAUUCCUUCUAACAGAUCAAAUUAAAAACUCAAAAAUGCAUACUAAAUUUUGUAAAGUAGAAGUAACUCUUAAGAAAAUCUAUUAAUUUAGACAAUAUAAAAGAGUAAAGAAAAUUCAAAUGAAGAUGAUCCUAAUCUAAACGUAACUCAUGAAGAUCUAUGGUGUGAAAACACAAAUAAAUUUUUAUCAAAACAAAACUCUAUUGAAUCAAAUUCACCAAUUAGAAGAAUAUAAAAAUCAUCUUCGCAAAGCAAUAUCUCAAAUGAAUAACUUAAAUGUAUCCCAAUAAGUUUUCGUAUAGAUUAUAUAUAAGCAAGAAAAAAAUUAACAAGAAAAUUUGGUGAUGUGAAAAAGAAUUCUAAAAUAGUACUUCCUGAUGAAUCAAUAAAGAUUGCUAAAUCUAAUCUACGCGCUGAACAAAAAGAAUAAUCUUUUGAGAAGUUUUCAGAGCAAGCAUACAAAAAUAUAUCUAAAGAAAUAAAAGAAAAUUAUUCAAUAAAGUUCUGGCAUUAGAUGUAAAACUAAAUUAUUAAACUAGCAACCUACUCAAAAAAAAUGAAUAAUGACCAGAAUAAUUAAUACAUAAAACAAGACCCUAGUAGUGAGUCUCGCCCUCUUAUUAGAAAUAUACAAAAAAAAAUAUAAAAUAUGAACUUAAAAAAUAACACCAUUUAUAAUUUGGAGAAUAGUGGAUACAUUAAAAGAUUUAACUCGACAUAAGACCUAACUUCUCCAUAAAAAACAUCAACUAGCAAUUACAAUAGCUAACCUAGUUAUUAAAAUUUUAUCUAAUAAAAAUCAUUUGCUCAAAUAAACAAUGAAUAGUCCAUCUUUUUGGAAUAAGGUAAACUGGAUAAAAAUUUACAAACUAAGUCUAUAGAUUCUUCUCCUUUAAAAAAAGCUCCUUACUCAUUUCAUAUUUAUCAAUAAAAACAAAAUAAUAACUAACCUCAUAGAUAUUUGAUACCUGCAUAAGCAGAACCCUAAUGUUUUAUAGAAGCUAUUACUGCAUAAAAAAAUACCAAUUUGUAAAAUUCUAACACUAUAGAAUUAAAAGAGGGUUCAUUAUCACCAAUAAUAUCACCAAUAUAGAAACCAAUUAAAAAUUAAUAAGCUUUUAGAAGUAGUUUAGAAGAUAUUAAUUAUGUAAAGGAUAAAAGCCCUGCUUACAUGUCUCCUAUAUUUAAUUAACUAAAAAACUAGUCUAAUACCUUUAAAGAUCAUACAUUUCCUAGGAAAAGUUUAAUAAAUCUUUAUUAAAUGCCAAAGAAGUAAGAUGAAUAAAGAGAAAAAGAUAUUUCAAAAGAAAUAUUAGAAUAAAAUAACUUGAUUAACGGGCAUCAAUCUAGUGAGGACUAAAAGAAUUUAGUAUAAAAUCCAUCUUUUAAUAUACUUUAAAAAAGAAAAGCAGUGUAAUAAUCUGUAUAACAUGAUCUUACUGUAAGUAAAUCUACUCAUAUUACACCUACUGGAUCUCCUUAAAAAUUUUAAACUUUAGUAAAUUAAAAAUAAUAAAAUCAAACCUUACAAGCAUCUGAAAAAAGUAGCAAUAGAUUAAUUUUUUCUCCAACAAAAAGAACUUAAAAAAAUAAUCACAGUAAGCAAUUGUAAAUAUGUGAUUAUUCAACAAUAUCCAAAAUAUACUCAAAGGAUAAAGAAGACAAAGCUUCAUAAAUUUUAUAAAAUAAAUUAAUGAAUUCAAAUGCUUAAACUUUCGAAAAAUUAAAAUCUUUGAAUGCAAUAAUAAAAAAGAAAGAGUUUUGA